AGAUGUUGCGUGUGGGGGGCGGGGUGUGUUGGCCUGACCCUGAAGGGGUGGAUCCUGAAGAGAUUAGGGCCUUUCUCUCCAGCCCAUUUCCGUGUUGGAUAAGUCUCCUGCUUGGAGCCUGUUGUGGACCGAGGAAGUGUAAGACAUGGUGGGUUUGUGGAGGAGGACGCAGCGUUCGGCCCGGCUGCCGUUCAUUGUAUCGGAGCCGGAAGAGCAGAAAAACAACCCAGAUCAAGUUUGUCCCAUAGAACCCAACGCCAAAUCAAAUUCGUGUUUGAGAAUCUGUCUUCGAGUUACCUCUGUUUUAAAAUACCUUGUCCUCAUGCUUAUAAUUCCACCAUUUCUUAAUUAUGCAUCUCUUCAGAGAGAAGGAGUAUUGCUUCAGCCUCAAGAAGGUGAACUGGUUGACAUUGGACUAGGUCAGAAAUUGUAUUUAAACUGCCAAGGGAAGGGACAUCCAGUUGUGAUAUUUGAUGCACCCACUGGUAUGUCUUCAGAUGUUUGGCUCUUGAUUCAGAAGGAUGUAUCCCAAUUAACUCAAGCAUGUGUAUAUGACAGAGCUGGACUUGGCUUCAGUAAGAAAAUGAUCCGGAAUAAACCUGCUGGGCUGGAUAAUCUCUGGAGGGAGUCGACAACAGGAAGAAUGGUUGAUGAUCUGCACAGACUUGUUAAAGAAGCGAAGCUGAAGAGCCCUUUCAUCUUAGUGGGAUCAGAACUUGGAGCAUUCAAUGCAAGAUUUUAUACUCACGUUCAUAACUUAGAGAUUUCAGAUCUCAUUCUCAUGAAUCCAAUCCCUGAAGAAGUGUUCCUGGAGGAUACGUGGUUACAGUACUGGUAUAAUGAACUGCUCUCAUAUCAUCAGACACUGCAGUUCUUUGCUGCUCUGGGGUUAAAUAGAAUGCUUUUAAUCGCUGGGCUAAUGCAACCAGCUGUGAAGGGGGAGAAUAUUUCUGAGGAUUUUAUGAGGAGACAGAAAUAUCUGCUGAGCAACCCAGCACAUCUGAGUGCUGUUGUGGAUGAACAUUUCUUCAUCAAUGAGAGCUCCUCUCAAAUUAGAGACAUUCUGAAAUUUAAACCGCUGUCCAACGCAAUUACUAUAACAGUGAUCACUGGAGAUUAUUAUGAUGAACAGCUUCCUGAACAUUUGAAUAAGGUUGUGACCCAUUUUCAGCAGCAGUUCAUUUUACAAGGUUAUCCCACAGCCAAAUGGAUCAAAAUAAAAGGAACAGACAGACAGAUGAUCUACAGAAAUCCCAAAGCUGUUGCCAAACAGUUGAAGAAAUUGAUUAACAAAAGGAAAGUCGAAUAAGAGAGUCAGUAACAUUCUGAUACAGGUUUGCCCCCCCCCCCUCACCUGUCUUUGAGGACUUCUGUACCUUUUGAAGAGUAACAUCAUCAGGGCAUCCUUGUAAUUACGGGCUAAUGUGAAAUCAACAAGCAUCUAAGUAAAAGCAUUAUGCUGUUGUGUAAAUUAGGAGGGUAUUCCUUCUAUUUGUCUACCUUAACUUUGGAGCAAGUAUUGGAAAAUGGAAUAAGCAAAC